ACUUGGUUACACUACAAUUGUUUUUAAACUUUACCCUUCUAAUCUCUAUUUUCUACUAUUCGAAGCUUAGCCCGAAUAGACCAAUUAGAUUAGGUAAAUAAACCAAGGAAAAAUACUCAAACAUGGCUGCCGAUAUUCCUAUCAUCGACGCACACAUUCACCUCUAUCCCGAAUCAGAGCUCUCAACUUUAGCAUGGUCCACACCUGACCACCCAUUGAAUAAACAGCACUCGCUGGAAGAAUAUAGAGCUGCCACCGACGGCUCUACGCCCCAGGGUUUCAUCUUCGUAGAGACGGACCGGAAGAAUGACCUGGAAGCUGGGGAGAAAGGCUGGGAGUACCCGCUGCAAGAGGUCUCCUGGCUGAAACGUAUCGUCACCGGCCAACCAAAGCCGGGCGAGGGCCAUACCGCGGAAGACGCCUCGCUAUGUACCGCCUACAUACCCUGGGCACCAUUACCCAGCGGUGUUGCCGCUAUGGAAAAGUAUCUUGACCUAGUGAAGCAGGAAGCGGGCGAGAGCUGGCCCAAGGUCAGGGGCUUCAGAUACCUGCUGCAAGACAAGCCCAACGGGACCAUGCUUCAGAAUAACUUCAUCGAGAGCUUGAAGCUGCUCGGCCGCCGGGGCUUCGUGUUCGACUUAGGCGUCGACCAACAUAACCGCGGCAGGACCCAACUCGAGGAAGUCGUCGAGAUGAUCGACCGCGCACAUGAUGGCGUUCCCGAGGACCAGAGAGUCACGUUUAUAAUCAACCACCUCUGCAAACCCGACCUCGGCAUCUACAACGUCCAAACCAGCCCGUCCUUCAUCGCCUGGCGCACCGCCAUCUUCACCCUGAGCAAGUGCAGCCGGACCUACAUGAAGCUAUCAGGCGGCUUCGCCGAGAUGCCCGAGGCCCUGCGGCAGCGCUCCCCCGAAGACAUCUUCGACGCCAUCAGCCCCUGGUUGAGCGUUGUGCUCGCCGCCUUCGGCGCCUCCCGCAUCAUGUUCGCGAGCGACUGGCCCGUAUGCACCGUCGGCGUCGGCGACGACGCCUGGCGAAAGUGGAAGAAGAUCGUCGAUCGCCUGUGCUGGAUGGCCUCGUUCGAGGAUGAGGAGAAGCGCAUGAUUUGGGGCGGCACGGCGCUUAAGGCGUAUGGUAUCGAGGCGUGAUGAUGUGGUGUCGGCUGUUAACACGGGAGAACAUUGAUGCUAUAUCCCCAUCUGUUGUCGUGUUGCGUAUAUGGCCUACGGAUGUUUAGAUCUGAGGGAAAAUUGUUGAGACGUGUUUAGGAAUUUAUUUAUAUGGUUAACUGUGUGGCUGUCUCGCAAUAGGCUAAGCUAAAAACGGUACGUAGGAGACACUGUCUUGAUGAUUUAUUAUAACACAUAUUUAUCGUUAAAACGAUACCUCGUAAGCCUUAAUACGACGUUCCGAGUA